AUGUCAUCCAGACCCUACCGCUCCAAACGUCAACGUCCCUGCGACCAAUGCCGCGAACGUAAACUCGGCUGCCAAACUGAUGCCGGCCUGCCAUGUGCUCGCUGUCGCUCCGCCGAUUUGCGUUGCACCUUUGCCAAACCGCCCCCCAAACGGCCUCGGCGGCAACUCCGCGAAGGCGACGAGAUUGGAUUUACGGACUCAGUUGAUUCGCGCUCGCAGUCUCAGGUACAUCCCAGUAUCGAGGGGGGGUCUACCCCUUCACAUCCUCCUUCUCAUCAGCACCAGCACCAGCACCAGCAGCACCAGGAAGAGUAUCCGUAUCCGCAGCCGCCUGUAGCGGCGCAUAGUAGUGCUGCGACCACGCCGGCAAACCAGAUUCUGUCGUCGUCUUGGCCUCAGCAGCUGAUCUCUUCUGGUCGGGCACCGACGCAGUUUGUGCAGAGUCUUGAUCAACUCGAGGGCUUCUCGGCGCAGUUGUUCGGGGCAUCGGCCGAGUCAGAUCCGUGGCUGUUGAGACAUUGCUCGUUUGACGAUGCGGGUGUCAAAUGUUUCUACAAGGUGCAUUUUCGCAAUGCAGGCGGUGUCCCCGUGCCGCUCCGGAUCCCGGUGCAUUUCAUGAUUGCAGCGGAUGAUCUGGCUGCCGAUUCCAAGACUGAGACGCGUGUCGCUGCGCCUGGCAUGAAUUCACGAGAGGAGCUGAAUUCGCUGGUGCCGGAUGAGUAUGGGGUGCGAUUGGUUGGCUUGUUUGUCAAGUACAUCUGGCCUGCAUUACCGCUGGUUUCUCGCUACCAGCUUGGCUUGACUCCAUCAUGCACCGUGCCGACUGCAGAGAUUUUGGAUAAAAUUCCCGCGCAUCUACUGGCUGCCAUCUACGCCACCGCUUUGCCAUUCGCCGGACAGGACGACUACCUGUGCGUGCUGCACACGUACAAUAAUGCCCCCGUCGAUCGUCUCUGGCGCAUAGUAUACGAGCUCAUCGCCGAGGAGAUCCACACUCCUCAUCUAUCCGUCCUGCAGGCUGGUCUGCUGUACCUCCACAAGCCGCUGGACGAGGGCCGGUCCGCGACGGCUGAUACCCCUUUCGUAUGGUCAUGGGUGGGCAGCAUGGUUGGACUGGCGUGCUCGCUGGGUUUACAUAUCGAGUGUCGCAUGUGGGGGAUUCCGGCGUGGGAGAAGAGACUGCGUCGACGGCUUUGGUGGGCGGUCUAUGCGGAAGAUAAAUGGCGCAGUCUGCUGAUGGGCCGGCCGCCGUAUAUCCGGCGAGAGGAGUGGGAUGUGAGUGAAUUGGAUGGAGGGGAUUUCUUCCUGCAGGUGCAGGGUGCGCAGGGGUGCACGAGUAUCAGCGAUGUGGAUGUACCGUUUCGGUAUCUGGUCGACUUGGCGCAGAUUGCUGAGACGAUUCACGAGUCAUUCUACACACUACGAGCAGCACAAUACCUAUCCGAAAACUUCGCAGCCUCACACGACACCGGCCUCCCCCUCCUGGAAAAACUAAACAUCUGGUACGCCUCGCUCCCAGAGACCUUCCGCCUGCCCAACUGGAGCAAGUCCGUCAGCGGGCUAGCCCCAUAUCCGGCGUCGAUCCAUUUCGCCUAUCUGAUCCUGGUCGUAUACGUUUACCGAGCGAUGCUACGGCCCAUGGCUCGGUCAUCCAGUCCGCCGCUGAUCUUCGACGUCGACGAAAUGCCCUCCACUACGACCUUGCCCAUUGAGGAGACUUCUAUUCUGGACUUUGCCGACGUGCCCGAGAUUGAAUCCUUUCCGGCGGUCGAUGUCGAUCUCUCAGAAGUGCAUGGAACGGGCGAGACGACGCUGAAUGCCGCCGAGAGAUGUGCGUCGAUUGUGAUUAGUUUUACGAGACGGCUGACGUCAAGUGACUUUACCGGGUUUUGGUAUUCUUGGUCCCGAAUCGGCUUUGCCACUGUCUCCAACUUCACCAUGCUCCUCCUCGUGCAAGCGCCGAAUGCCGAGCGCGCCGUCAAAGGCAAGCAUCUAGUGGAUUCAUGGCUGCGAGUGCUUCGAACCCAAAGCCCGAGUUUUCCCCUGAUGAAGCUGGGACUAACGCGAUUGGACGCGAUGCACUGGGUGGGCCUCGGCCAGACAUUUGUUUUGCCGCAGCAUGUGCAGGAUAUCAUUUUGGGUUCGGGGAGCCUGUAA